AUGUUGAAUUUUAUUUUCUUGUUUAAAAUUAUAUUAGUAGGAAUUGUCAGUUCUGCAGUUUUACCAGUUGAAAAAUGCGAACUAAAGGACUCAUCGUGUUUGAUACCGGCUUUUCAAAAAGCAAUGCCAAUAUUUAUGUCUGGUAUGCCACAAGUGGGUGUUGAGGUAUUAGAUGUUUUGGAAAUGGAUGAAGUAAAUUUCGAUUUGGCUGGUCUCAAGUUCAGUUUGAAGAACGGUCGCUUGCAAGGAUUGAAGAAUUCAAUUGUAGAUAACGUUAAAUGGGAUCUUGAAAAAAAGAAAAUGGAAAUAUUUUUUCACGUUGACUGCAGCGUUAAGGGCCAUUACACAGCGGCCGGCCGCAUCCUGAUAUUGCCUAUAACCGGAGAUGGACAAAUGAAACUAAAAUUGAAAAAUUUAGCAAUUACUUUGGUAAUAAACUACGAAAAUGAGGAAAAGGAAGGAAAAGUUUUCUUAAUACCAAAGUCGUAUAGUUUCAAAUUUGAUGUAAAGAAUGGUGCAAAUUUCGAUUUAACAAAUUUGUUCAACGGAAACAAGGAACUAAGUGAGCCAAUGCUUCUUUUCUUGAACGAGAAUUGGAAACAGAUAUCUCAGGAAUUCGGAGGUCCCAUGAUGGACGCUUCAGCGAAAAAGUUAUUUCAAAGUCUUGUUGCAUUUUUUUCAAAGGUACCAUUAAGUGAUAUUGCCACUUUUUAA